AUGGAUGUGUGUGUGGGGGUUGUUCCUGCAGGUUCUGGUCACGGAGCUGCAACUAAAGCCAUGUCUGUGGGCAUGCGCUACUGUCAGCCCGAGCGGCUGGACAAUCUGGUUGAAGUGAGCAUAGAGACGGGCCGAAUGACCCACAAUCACCCCAUAGGGUUCCUGGGCUCUCUGUGUACGGCUCUCUUCGCCUCAUAUGCCAUCCAGGGUAGGCCGCUGGUCAGCUGGGGUCGUGACCUCAUGACGGUCAUUCCCAAAGCGGAGGAAUACUGCAGGAAGACCAUCCGGCACAUGGCAGGUGAGCCGAUCUGGACACUUACAGUGUGUGAGAGCAGUGCGACGGUUCUGAUCUCUGGCUGUCUGUAUGGGCUGCUCUUCAGGACCGACCAGGAUCUGGACAAGAGACAGAAACUGGAAGAUCUGGGAGAAGAACUGCACCGAGCAGCCGCAGGAGAGAAGUGA